AUCUUCUGUUGCUCAAGUGUCAGCAAUAGAGGAGCAGCAAAGCGAGCCUGACAUGAGUCUUACCUGUUCCUUUGUUCAGACUGUUCUGGACAGUUUUAUUGAAACAAAUGAUUUUAUUAUCCUUUUCAUACUGCUGCUUUGGAAAGCUGAAGAGCAGAAGGGAGACCUUGGAGUUCCUUGCGGACUCAAGACAAUACCACCACAGACUCAUAUUUGGAAGGUCACAAUUUCAAUAAUUUUAAUUUUCCAUAGAGUUUAUUUCUGAGAGGAUAUGCCCUUCUUGUGGCUGAUUUCUAAUUUUUAAGGAAUAUUACCUUUUGCAGGGAGGUGCUUUCUAAAGCAGGCUAUCCAGCUGCUUAAUCUAAUGGCUGGAUUAUAUUAUGGCAGCAUUCCUAGAAAAAUGAAGUUAGUCUGUUUCUGCAGAGAAGUAGGCCUGUGGCCUUGCAUCUUCUGGAACAACCAAAGGAUAAAGUAGUCUUCUUUUUUUUUUUUUUUUUUUCUUAAUUAAGCUAAGUGUAGGGAGAGUCCAGCAUGUUCUGCAGUGUUAACACAGAAUUAUGUGCCAGAACUUGCUUUUGCUGGGUGGGAGAGGUCUCGUUACGUUGUGAAGAAAUGUCCUCAAAGCCCUCCUGCAUGUCCAGGGAGGUGAACUGGUGCUUCUCCCGUGUUCCAGCCAAAGCCCUCGGAGGAGGCAGUUUAUCAGCACAUCUUUGCACACAUGUGUGUGAGUUGUCAGUAAAUCUUUAUUUUUAGUGUUCUGACAAUGGGUGACCAUGGAUAUGCACAACAAAUUAAUUUUCAGUAUAGAAAAGCAAGAGCUCCUGCAGUGUUACUUCUCUUAGAAGUUUUGUCACAGAUUUCUCUGUCUGUUACCAGAGCACUGUUAAAUUCCAGCCUUGCCUUCUGCAGAUUAAGCAGCACUUUGAUUGUAUUCCAGAAGGAAAAAGAGGGCUUUUUGCUCACUGAGGAAAUUGUGCAGCAUCCAGAUUCAUGUCAACUCAGCUUACAAAUGAAAAGUUACAAGUUUCAGUAUUUUAAAACAUAUGGCAUCUAGGCAUAUGUCCAAUAUAUGCGUCUUACCAGCCAUAUAAAUGUAUACUUGUCCUAAGCUGUGACUUAAUGCUGCACUGUGGCUUUACUGGGUGAUUGCAAGGUGUGAAGAAAGAUGCUGUGGAGAUGGACAAACUUGUCCUUGUAUGUGGCCAACAGUGGUGUGGGGUUUUUGGCAUGGUGAGGGCAGGUUCAGCAUUUGUGUCCCUGCUGGGUUACACUGAGUGAGGAAUGCUGCGGUCACCAGGCUUCAGUUAAUCUCCAAAACACUGAUGUGAAGUAUUAAAAUCUCAGUCAAGACAUUUGCAUCACCUGCAGUGUUUAGGAGAGUUGCCUGUCUACUGAACUGUAUAAACCCAGCACUCAGUGUGGCAUGUUAGGGUACCCAGUGCAUAAUAGAUACUGAUUUCUGGAGUUUAAUACCUGUUUCUUUCCAUUUGGUUGGAAGCUAGGUUCGUCUCGUGUUAAUAAUGACAAAUUUUUAGAGAAUUGUGUUAGAACUGCUUUCUGGCAGGGGUUUGCAUUGGGUGUCUCUUGCUGAGCCUUCUGGAUGCCAGCUGAACCGUGAAGACGGUUUGCAGUGCAUUGCCUGCUCGAUGGGAACAGCUGAUCACGGGGAUUUCCUGAAGAAAUAGUUACUUGCAAUGUAUGCUGGUUUAUCCUUUGGCUCCGGUAACUGUUCCUGCCUCUAGGAAUUGCAUGAUCAGAUCAAUUAAAAACGUAUAACUUUUACAGAUGGUGGGUACUGUUUAGGUGUCAGAGUUCUAGCUAAAUCACAGUCUGUAUGUGAACGAUAGGAGUCAAAUUAGCUGAACGAUUGGCCUGUCAGUACUCUGUGCGUACUAAUUAAUGAGGAAAACAACUGUAUCACUUAGUAGUAAUUAGGAAGGUAGAACUUUCCAGAGGAUGCUGUCAGUUGACCUGCUGUCAGCUGCGAAGAGCCUGUAGUGGUGCUGAAACAUUCCCCUUCGUGAGCCUUCAGGAGGAGUUACCUGGUGGUGUCAGGAUCUUAGAAAUGGUAGUUUUGGUAAUUGACUUGUUGGAAAAUACUGUCCAAAGCUCCAGCAGUAGGAGCUUUGGUCCUUGCAAGUGAUCUUGCUUUGGCUUUAGGUCAGACCUAAAGAGAUGUGCCUCCAAAAAAACCCCACCAGCUCUUCUGCGCUCCCUGCUCAGCCUGAACUGCCAGGGUGCAGAGGAGGUGCUGGUAGAAGAGUAUUGUCAUCCCUUUCUGUUUGAUAUGUGUGUGCUGACAGGUUAGUUUGGCAAUUCCUGGUUACAUUUGUAGCUGGUUUUAUUUGAUUGUGUCAGGAGUUUUCAGUGCUGGCAGUAAGGAUAUCCGCUGUGAUUUGUAGGAAUCUGGGAACUGUGGCAGGAGAAGCUGCAGGUGUGGAAAAGCAGCAGAGCCUGCACUUGGCUGUCGGUGCUUAGGUGUCUUGCUGGUGUCACUGCCCACUGCGGCUACAUGGCCUCAUCUAAGAUCAGUCUUGGCGUUUUUGCAUUAGGAAAAGAUUUCCCUUUGCUCUGUGUGCUGUAGACUACCUUAGCUCGGAAAAUGUGAGGGAGACUCCAUGAUUUUUGGUGAGAAGCGGAAAGAGAAGGCUUUCAAAGCCCUGAGGAGAUGGAGCGAGGAGUGUUCCAAUCGCUGGCAGCUUUCUGCUGCUGGAGAAAAUCCCAACUGUCCAGCCCCAGAUACAUGUGCUGUACCUGGGGCCGGACAGUUGGGAUUUUCUCCAGCAGUGAGCAAACACAGGUUUUGCAAAGGACAGUUGUCCGACUAGGCUGAGAUGCUGGGGACCUAUGGAGGAUCUGUGUAAGCUCCACUAAAAUUUAGCUGUUACAGGUUUGAACAAAAAUGAAGACUAAGUGCGAUACAACGUCUGCUAGGAGAGCAUGUGGGCACUAGUGAUGCUGCCAGAGCAACCCGAAGAGUGUCAGAUGUGAUAGAUGCUGCUUUCUACAUUUGUGGAGUGGGAGAGUUAAAUUUUCCCCAAGACUGUGGAGGUUAUCAUAAAAUACAGAGUUACAGUAAAACCGUUUCAUGGUCGGUCCUGUGACUUCCAUAUAGACCGUGAUCCUCAUUACAAGGGAUGACCUCUUCAUUGGCAGGAACUAUGAGGAUUUCAGGGGAGGAAUUGGUGAAGCUGAUGAAGGAAGAACCAGUCUCAGUUUUAGGACGUUGCUAAUACAGAAUUACUCCAAGAUGUUUCUUCCACUUUAACUAAACCUGUCAACUGUUUUCCCUAGUGACUGGUCACAUCUUACUUUGAAUUAAAUCACAACCGUUCCUGUUUCUUUUAUAAAAGAAUGUUUGAGGUUGUUGUGUAUUAUGAUUUGUUAGUUCUCUGUAGCUGGACACAACCAGCUAUUUGAAAGAAAUCUGGAAAAUAAUUUUGCUGGAAAAAUGUAGUUAGAACAGAGUGUACUGUUCCAAAAAAAUACCAAGAGAAAAGUUUGAUUUCAAACCUGAGCUUUUUUUUUUUUUUAAACUCAAUUAGGGUUUAAAAUCUGCUUUUCUAUUGAUGUUUGUCCCUUUAGUAGGUAAAUGGUCUUCAGGAAAGGAUGUAAAAUGUCAGGUUUGAUAAUUGAGCCUUGUUUCUAUUUCAGCUAUAAAAUCAUAGAAAAAUAUAGGUUGGAAGGGACUUCUGGAGGUCAUCCAUUCCAUACUUUUCUUGCUGCAGUUCCAGCCUCAUGAAAAUACACAAAUCAGAUUUCUUUUGUGAGGUAGAACAUAUUUUUUAUAAAGUUGGUUACUGUUAUUUCUUCUUUUAAAGGUAAGCUGGGUUUUGAUUAAUGUUGGCUGACAAUAGGCCGUACUGUAGUGUUUAAGCAUGUCUUGAUCUUUUAAUAUCAGUGGUGUCUAUCCAGUACUAGAUGUUCUCCAAACACUGAAGAAGUGAGUGCUCCUUCCUGGGAGGCUUACAAGCAAGGGAUAAAUGGGCUAUGUGAAGGAAAUCGUAAUCAAUUUUAUCUGAUAAUCGUAAUACUUCCUCUCACUAAUAAAGCACGUUAUACACUCAUGAUUUCAGAGGUUGGGUUUGAGCGAUUUACUAUGAAAGGUAAUGUCUCACUUGCAGCUGUGGAUAAAAGAAAGGAAUAACCAUUGAUUCCAGGCUACUUACUGUAAUUCUGCUCUUUUCAGCUGACAGAGGGCUUUUCUUUUUUUCAAAAUGAACUGGCUGCUGUCUGUCUUAGCCUGUUUACAGUCUUAGUCUGUCACAAUCAGAGCUGGUAAUGAGCUUACAUGGGGAAAGUAGAAGUGAGAGGAAAGUCUCUAGACCUGUUUGACCAAUCUCUGCAUCUUGCUUUCUCCUUGAGUUUGUCUGGGAUGGUCUAUCUGGAAUUGAUAAACUGACGGCAAUAUUUUCUUGGCUCUUUGAGUUUCGAUUGAUGCAAUUUGGGGCUUAUCUUGCUCUCCGUUAACUGAAUCUGAGUUCAGGAGGGCCAUCAGUAAUGAUCAUGUUUAUGUGGUGUUGAACAUAGUUCACUGAGUUCGCUCUGCUCUGUCUGCAUGAACUUGGGUCUACCCAGUAUACUGCUCACGUUAAGGGCAAGUUGUGCUGUUAGCAGCAAUCCACAGGGAGACCAGUGUCAAGCGGUGUUCAUGUUCUUGGGUUUAUUAUUUAUACUCCAAGCCUUAUCCACAAAGGUCAUCGCUUGGAUAGCACUUGCAUGUUCCUCAGGACACCAGUCUUCUGGGAAGCUCUUGGCUUGCAGCUCACUGGGAGUCUGUAUGUGUGCUGUGUCAUACUGGUGCAACUACUUAGGUUUAAGGUUCUGAGUAACUAUCUGUUUGAGAGAAGCUCUGUUCCACUUAAAAGGAGAAAAAAAAUAUUCCAGUAUCUCAGUUAUUCUUGACUGAAGAGAGAGGUGAAUUUUACUAGAGGCAAAGUAGGUGUGUUUCUUAAAACUGAUUUGCAUAGAUUUCUUAGCUACGUUUUGUUGCUACUUGCUGUCAGUGGCUACAUCUGGAAGGACAGAGGGCAUAGGAAAUUCCUAUACUAAUUGAGUAUAGGUGCUGUAAGUACAAACGCUUCAUAAGAAAUCAAGUCCUCCAUGGGGGCGGGGGUUGCCAUUGGGAUUAGAAUGCAUUGUAAGGAUGAUAAAAUCCCUUUUUAAAAAGGAGGAGGCUUCUAACAGUGGCUUAAAUUAAAAUAUUUUAAAAAUAAGAUUCAAAGUAAAUGUUGUGAGGCUUUUUACCAUUUUAUUGAACUUUAGGCACAAAAAGUUUAGCUUACCAAUCUGCUCAGACAAUAGGCUACUGUUAGAAUAAUUCAAACUUAAGAACUGGUCUCUUUCAAUUAAUAGACCUUCCAAUGAAAAAUUCCUAUAUGAUGGCAGCACAAUUGCUUCUGUAUCUUGACAGGCUCUCAGGCACUCCUGUGGAGUAAUUAUCAGUAAUACCUACAUUGUUGUAUUUGGCUAUGGUUUUGUGAUUUUUUUUAUUUUUUAUUAUUAUUUUUGUAUGCAGGAUGAACAGGGUCCUGUGGGGUGUUCCCGGUAACAAUGCUGUGUAAGAGAUGAGCUAAUUGGCAGUUUGCUAAUACUUAAAUGGCUUUUUUAAGGGCAGGCCUCUGAGGGAAAACCAAGCACUGAAAUUUUUGCAUGGUGCUGAUUUGGUAUAGCUACCAUGUGAGUGCUGUUCGGUAAUGUCUUCCCAAGGGGUGUCACCACAAGUGCUAAAACAGAAGAGCUGUUUUCUGUCCUCACACAGGCAAGCCUUAACAUUGAACAGUGUGUGUCAGACUGUAACUGGAAGCUUUGUCUUUCUCUCUCUGUGAUCUCUGAUGUAUUGCCUGAAAGCUCAUGGUUAUGUUUCCUAGUUAAGCACUUCUCUACCAGAGAAAUUAAAAUUAUCAGAGAUGCAUUGUGUUUUUUGGAGAUACUCAAGACUACACUGGACAUGAGAGCCUGUUCUAAUAGGUCUACUUUGACUAGAUUACUUUUAGCAGUCCUUCCUAAUAUAAAUUAUUCUAUGAUGCUGUCAUUAACACAGGGAUUGAUUAAUAAAUUACAUGUUCUGUUUGGAUUCUGACUGCAGAAAUAGAACUUAUUCUUUAUAACAAGCUCAGGACACUCAUCUAGGUGUAAUCGCUGCUCAUACUGUAGAUUUUCUGCCUUAAACUUGCAAGCUAAACUGACAUUUGCAUGACCACACCUGUCCCCAGUAUUUGUCCCUAUUUGUGUUGGUCCCUCCUGUUCAAGAGCUUGCAUCCACUGCAGAAUUAUCCCUCUCUAGGGUCAGUGAAAGCAAAAUAUAUACAAAUUCCUCAAGCAGUUUUGAGCAGAGAGUGUGAGAAGCUUUCAGGCGAGGUAAAUUUGUAUAUACAACUUUGUUUGCUUUAAAACCAAAUUAUCUGUGCAGACUCUUUCCUCUUCAUAUAUAAAGAACAGUAGACAAUAAUACCUACCUUUGUAAAUAGGCAUUGUGUGCCAUUCUUAGAAGCUACAGUUGAUGAUUUCCUGAAAAAGCCCUUCUCUGAGCAGUCUGUUACAACAUACAGCUUGUGCUAUGCUGGAACUACGUGACAAAAAAUAUCUGCUGUGAAAUUUGAUGUGUCUUUAGAUAAUGCAAUUGAUUUUUUUCUUAUUAUUUUUUUCCAUGCUGAAACUGAUCUUACUAAGCUGGAUGAGGUGGAGCAGUCAUGUGUUCUGUAUUGAUAGAGAGUUGUGCUUAAAAAAAAUUAAAAUUGCUAAGUCAUCUAGACAUAUAUAGGUUCAGUUAAUUCCUACACAAGUAUUGGGCAGAGGAAAUUAGCCAGUGCAUCUCCUGCCAGAAGUACAUGGAAUGAGGAGAAACAAAAGCACAGUGAUUAAACUUUGAAAUCUAAUAAAUUUCACUGUGCUAAAAGUGUUCUCGUAAACUUGCAUGCUCUGUUAAUGCCUGAAUAUGCUUUUGGAAUAUACAUCUAACUUCUGAGUGUCUGAGUCAUGCCACAUAAAUGGUUUGUGGUCUUAGAUGAUUGCUGCCUAAUCUUUGGAAAGUGUAUUUUGUUAGAGGACUAACAUUUUGUCCAGGAUAGACUUCCUUUUUUUAGUAAUAUUUCAUAUUCUUCCAUGAGCUGAACACGUGGCUGAAGUCCUCUGUCCUUCCUUUAUUGGUCUGAGGCCUCACUCACACCUCUGUUGUGGACUUUGGAACAGUGCUGUGUCCCUUUUCAACCCUGGGGUUGGAUUAUUGCAACCCUGUCUACCUGGAGCUGCCUUCAGCACCAUUUGUGUGUCAGUAGGUCAAAAAAUAACCCACGCUGCAAAGGUCCGUACCACCUGAGGUGGUUUAGUCCAUGCCAGAAAGAGACCUUGCAUGCAUUUCUGCCUCUGAAAGCAGAACCAGCUGCUGGUCAAGUUGUGUGACGUGGUGAAGGACAUCAGACCUAUGCCCCCCCAGAUUCUCCAUCAUCUUCAUUGCCAGUGAUCGUUGCUGUGGUCCUUGCAGCAGAAUGAUGUACUGCAGAUCUCGAAUAAAUGACAGGACACUGCCAAUAGAGCAGGAUGUUGCUUCUAGAAUUUUCUUCUGCUGUGACGUAUCCUGAUAGCCUAAGCUAACUGGUCUGAGAAGAUUUCUAGGUCUUUCUGAUUAAUGGGGCUAUUACUUCCUCCUGCAGUCUGGCACUUGCCUGUUUUCUAAGAAGGGAUAAGAUUGGCAUAGCAAUUAUAUGCAUUAUAUUUGUUUAGAUUAUAGCAUUGCUUACUGAUUGAGUGCCUUUGGAUAGACAGGGCUGUAUAGUCUCUGCCAUAUGCUGUGCACCAAACAAUACUCUUUCAUGCUCUGAUACAGCUUCCUUCCUUGUGAGUUAUUUUGAAAGUCGACAAAGAGGUUCUGGUACUUGAACAUUUAAAAAUAUGUUGGCUUUCACUUGUGAAAGAUUUGAGAGGUGCAAAGGCACUACUUUUACUUUAGGUAGGACAAUAUUGAUAUAAAACCAUAGUAAGUUACUGUUGUCUUAAAUAUUCUGAAGUUAGAGUAUUUGUCUCUCGCAUACAGUAACUUCCUUUUGAGUUAGACUAGUCUCAGUACAGAUAAAACUUAACAGAAGUUUGGACAAGCAAUGCAAAGAAACAUCUUUAAAUCCUUGCAGCAGAAUUUUUCUUUCGUGUUUGGGUAAAGCAUCGUAAUCCAACACAGAUGCCGCUGUCUUUUGGACAGUUGGAUUUAAUGUCUUGACUAUAGAAAGUUGUGACCAAAACUGGUGCCCCAUCCCAGCAGAACUCUUGUGGCUGCCUCAGUUUGUUGUGAAGUCUUCAGAGCAUCCUCAAGCCAUUUAAUCCCCGAACGGUUCGUAAUGACUGGCCUCCGUGAGAUCUUCCCAAUGUCCUUUCUUGUCUCACUGCUAGUUGGGGAUGUAAUUUUCCUCAUGACAGUCAGAUUAGUGUGGAUGUAGCUUAUCACUAUAAAUGUCCUACAUCUUCUGGAGAAUGCUGUUUUCUGUGUUAGGAACUUAAUUGCAUUGUACAACAUGGUGCUGCGUUUUUCCUUAAGAAAGUGCAGGUGAGACCCAGCGGCUGCCUGCUCUGGAAGUCUUGCUCACUUUCAAGUGGGCGCUGGGUUAUAUGUAGAAGGUAUCUGUUGUGAGAUGGUGGGAUGAGAUGUCUGUGCAGGAGGGCAAGAACAGAGUAGCAAAAGUCUUCUUCAGAAUAUGUGGAAAUGGGAAAAAUGUUGUACUAUGAAAAUCCCCAGAGUGAUGUUCAGACUUCAGCAAUCGUAUUUUUGGAUAACGUUUUGGUCCUGAUGCUGCUUUCAGGUGGAAGAAUCUGAGGCCUUUAUCCUCUGUCCGGCUUUGCAGUUCAAGUAGCCUCUGAUUUCAGACACCUCAUUUCCGCCUGCCAACCUGUCUGAUAUGUCGGGACCCGUGCCGAGCAGGGCCAGAGUUUACACGGAUGUGAACACACACAGACCCCGGGAGUACUGGGACUAUGAGUCGCAUGUUGUUGAGUGGGGAAAUCAAGAUGACUACCAGCUAGUUCGAAAAUUAGGCCGAGGCAAAUACAGUGAAGUAUUUGAAGCCAUCAACAUUACAAAUAAUGAAAAAGUAGUUGUUAAAAUUCUCAAGCCUGUUAAAAAGAAGAAAAUCAAGCGUGAAAUCAAGAUCUUAGAGAACUUGCGAGGCGGUCCCAAUAUAAUCACUCUUGCAGAUAUAGUAAAAGAUCCUGUGUCUCGGACACCCGCUUUGGUUUUUGAACAUGUAAACAACACAGACUUUAAGCAAUUAUACCAGACAUUAACAGAUUAUGAUAUUCGAUUCUAUAUGUAUGAGAUUUUGAAGGCUCUAGAUUACUGCCAUAGCAUGGGAAUCAUGCACAGAGAUGUCAAACCUCACAAUGUCAUGAUUGAUCAUGAGCACAGAAAGCUUAGACUAAUAGACUGGGGUUUGGCUGAAUUCUAUCACCCCGGCCAAGAGUACAAUGUCAGAGUGGCUUCCAGAUAUUUCAAAGGACCUGAACUCCUUGUAGAUUAUCAGAUGUAUGAUUACAGUCUGGAUAUGUGGAGCUUGGGUUGCAUGUUGGCUAGUAUGAUAUUCCGAAAGGAGCCAUUUUUCCAUGGCCAUGACAACUAUGAUCAGCUGGUGAGGAUAGCCAAGGUGCUGGGAACAGAAGAUCUGUAUGACUACAUUGACAAAUACAACAUUGAACUGGAUCCACGUUUCAAUGACAUCUUGGGCAGACAUUCUCGUAAGCGAUGGGAGCGCUUUGUUCACAGCGAGAACCAACAUCUGGUGAGUCCAGAAGCACUGGAUUUCUUAGACAAGCUGCUGCGAUAUGAUCACCAGUCACGACUCACAGCGAGAGAAGCCAUGGAACACCCCUACUUCUAUCCCAUCGUGAAAGACCAAGCUCGGAUGGGCUCAUCCAACAUGCCGGGUGGCAGCACUCCUGUCAGCAGUGCAAGUAUGAUGUCAGGGAUUUCUUCAGUGCCAACACCUUCACCCCUUGGACCUCUAGCAGGCUCACCUGUCAUUUCUGCCACCACCACUCUGGGGAUGCCCGUUCCAGCUGCUGCAGGCGCUCAGCAGUAGUGAUGGGCUCUGUCUCCUGCUGCCUGAGCUGAGUCAGGUGGGGAAGAGGUUUCCCCCUCCACCUCUCCUCAGGACGCAGCUUGUGCCUGGCAGGGGAAGGGAGGGGAUGAACGCUUUGGAGGCACCGUGUCUGAACUGUUGCUUGUGGAUUUAUAGUAGUUCAGUCAUUAUAUACAAAAUUAUUAUAGGCUGAUUUUUCUUUUUUUACUUGAACUUUUCGUAACUCAGGGGAUUCCCUGAAAAUACCUACAGAUGGAAUAUUUCUCGGACAGCUUGUUUUUUGUUUCCCCCCCCAAAAAAAAAGUACUCUUCAUUUAAGAACAAAGAUGAAUCAACAGCAUUUCCAAGCUCUUGCAUCCUGCUGGAAAUCUCUUCUCUUCAUGUUCCCACCAUUACUCCUCCAUGAGCCUACACCUUGGGGGAUCGUGCUGUUCUCCAGAGACUACCAAACCAAGUCUUCGUGAGGCAGGGGAGGGGAUUCUUAAAGUACCACUCACUUUAUCCCCGUGUCCUGCAUAUGACUCAGCUGGGGUACACUGAGGAGACAAUUCCAGUAUGGAGAGGUGGUAUAAGCUUAAAAGAAGUAAGUGCAGAUAAUGUCUGAAACCCUAAUUGGAUUGAAUCAUGUCUCCUUAGGAGCCAACCAGAAUGCCAACUCACCCCCUUGCAUGUAAUUUUAGUCUUAAAAGAUGAAGUUACCGAUUCAAUUGGAGUCCUUGCCACCUCCUGAGAAAGGUGCUCCUGUAGAGUAAGCCAUCCUCUAAUCAGCCUCUUUCUCAUGGAGGGUUCUUCCUGCCGUUGCUUGGCUUGGAUCUCUGGAAUUAGUUUGUUAUUGGGUAUAUUGUUUUUAAAUUGUUUAUAUAGGUUUCAAGCUGGUGGCUACUUAAAGCUGGAAAACUCAGACUGCGCCAAGUCCAAUAUCACAUCUUCACCCACCAUCCCCUCCCUCACGUGCCAUGUGGUGAGAAUACCAGUUACCUCACAGUCUUGUAAAUAUGCACUGAGAGGAAGGAGCAAGCAGACGUUAACUUAAACUGAAAUGGUAGAUCAGUAAUUGUGGACAAAUAUUAUCAUUGACAACAGAAAAGCACCCUUGUUACAGCCCUGCUACCCCUUGCUGUGUAUAUAUACUUUGUCCUUCAUGUGUGAAAGAUCCAGUGUUGGAAUUCUUUGGUGUAAAUAAACAUUUGGUUUUAUUUAUCGAG